AUGACAAAAGUGUCCCGAAUCGACCGAAUCUACAGCACAAUUGGAGCACUACUGCAUGUUUUCUUCGUAGCCGGUCCUCUGGAUUUCUUGAAUUGGAUCAAUUCCCGUCUCAAAUCUGUAAGAGGCCAAACGGUUGUCAUAACUGGGGCUGCUUCUGGUAUUGGUCAACGGCUGGCUGAAAUAUUUUCUGUGAAGCUGGGCGCGAAUGUUGCGAUUCUCGACAUCGACGCUCACGGCGCUCAAAACACCGUGAAGAGGAUUACUUGCGAUGGCGGUGUAGCAAAAUACUGGAUAUGCGAUACAAGCCGCGCGGAAGAGGUGGACAAAUGUGCCCAACAAAUUUAUGCCACAUUCGGGUUUGUUGACAUUGUUAUCUGCAAUGCAGCGGUUCUCUAUUUCGGGCGUAUCCUCGAUCUGACAACAUCACAGAUUCAGAAAUCGGUCAACGUCAAUGUUAUUGGUACCAUCAAUACGAUUCGAGCAUUCUUGCGUCCGAUGGAGCAACGCAAUGAGGGACAAAUUGUUGCCAUUUCGUCAAUUGCAGGUUUUUGUGGUGAAACGAAUGGAGUUGCCUAUUGGUCAGCUUUUAAUCCGGAUUUCCCCAGUCCGGAUUUCUAA